AGUUGCUGCAUUUUUUUAAAGCCAUGACCAAAAACAAAGCAAUUCUUUUUUUGCUCUGAUAACACCACCAAUGCCAAAAUCCAAACCUUGAAGCGCUGUCGGCGAGAAAAAUAAUUGGAUAGGCUUUUCUGCCAUGGGCUCAGGCCCCAUCGACCCCAAGGAGCUCCUCAAGGGCUUGGACUGCUUCCUGGGCCGCGAUGGCGAGGUCAAGAGCACGGAGGGCAUCACCAAAAUCUUCAACUUAAUGAAGGACUCGCAGAAGAUGGUGAGUCGCUGCAUCUACUUGAAUAUCUUGCUGCAGACGCGGGCGCAGGACAUCCUGGCUAAAUUUAUCCGGAUCGGGGGUUACAAGCUGCUCAACACGUGGCUCACCAGCUCCAAAGCCUCCAACAACGUCCCCUUCCUGCAGCAGAUCCUCCUCACCCUGCAGCACCUGCCCCUCACCGUCGACCACCUCAAACAGAACAACACAGCCAAGCUGGUGAAGCAGCUCAGCAAAUCAAGCGACGAUGAAGAGCUGCGCCGCCUCGCCUCCAUCCUUGUCAGCGACUGGAUGGGCGUCAUCCGCUCCCAGAGCAGCGCCCAGCCGACCGAACGGGAUAAAAAGAAGCGGAAAGAAGAAAACAAAAGCAAAACGCCUGUCCAGGAGAAACCCCAAGAAGCCAAAACCGAGGCUAAAACCGAGGAGAUGCCGGAGAAGAAGCGGGAGAAACCCAAAUCCCUGCGCACCACCGCUCCCAGCCACGCCAAAUUCCGCUCCACCGGGCUGGAAAUGGAGACGCCUUCGUUAGCGCCCGUGAAGAAAAUCAACUCUUCUUCGACUGCCGAUAAAUACAAUUUGAAACCGAUGCCCAUAAAGAGGCAAAACAUCUCCUCCCUUCCCGGAGACGUUCCUCUUGCCGAGAAGAAAUACAAACCCCUGAACACGGCGCCCAACGCCACCAAGGAGAUCAAAGUCAAGAUCAUCCCGCCCCAGCCCAUGGAAGGGCUCGGCUUCCUCGACGCCCUCAACUCCGCUCCCAUCCCCGGCAUCAAGAUUAAGAAGAAGAAGAAGGUCUUGUCCCCCACGGCGGCCAAGCCCAGCCCCUUCGAGGGGAAGCCGGCUCCUGAAGCCAGCUCCGCCAAACCUUCCUCCCCGGAGCCUGCUGCCGCCUCGGAGCCGAUGGAGACGGAUCGACCCGGCACACCGGUACCGGCCGUGGAAGUGCCGGAACCGAUGGAGACCUGCUCGGCGGAGGCGAGCGGUGACGGCAAAGCCAGCGAAAACCCGCCGGAAAGCGGCCAGCUCACCAAAAAAGGGCGGAAAAAGAAAACGGUGAGUUGGCCGGAGGAGAGCAAACUCCGCGAAUACUUCUACUUCGAACUGGACGAGACCGAACGAGUCAACGUCAACAAGAUCAAGGAUUUUGGGGAAGCGGCCAAGCGGGAGAUGCUGAUGGAUCGCCACGCCUUCGAGACGGCCCGGCGCCUCAGCCACGACACCAUGGAGGAGAAGGUGCCCUGGCUUUAUCCCAAGCUCCUGGAUCUCCCCGCUCCCCUCGUGGUGCCGGGCAGCGGCAGCCGGGAACGCUUCACUCAGGCCGAGAGGGAGAAAGGGAUCUUGCAGGAGAUCUUUCUGUCCAAGGAGAGCCCCCACGAACCCGAUCCGGAAUCCUACGAACCGCUGCCGCCCAAACUGAUCCCGCUGGACGAGGACUGCUCCGCCGAGGAGGUCGCCUAUCCCGAAGGAUUGGAAACCGGCGCCGCCUCGCCCUCCCCGGAUGCCGGCGGCGGUGCCGGCGGUGCCAAGCUCCCCCCGGUGCUGGCCAACCUGAUGGGGAGCGUGGGGGCCGGUAAAAGCCCCCAGGGACCGGCGCCCGCCGCCCCCAUCAACAUGCAGGAGAUCCUCACCUCCAUCAUGGGUGGGCCCAGCACCCACAAAGCGGAGGAAUUGAUGAAACAACCGGAUUAUUCGGAUAAAAUCAAACAUUUGUUAGUGCCCCACGGCUUGCUGGGCCCCGGCCCCAUGGCCAACGGCUUCCCGCCCGGCCCCAAGGCCAUGCAGCACUUCCCGCCGGGGGGGCCCAUGCCGGGACCCCACGGAGGCGGCGGGGGGGGACCCGGCCUCCCCCCAGACAUGUCGAGCCGCGCCGUCUGUCGCCACUUCAUGCUGAAGGGCAGCUGCAGGUACGAGAACAACUGUGCCUUCUACCACCCCGGCGUCAACGGGCCGCCCCUGCCGUAG